CGGAGUUUCCACGACAGCUGGAAGCCGAGCGGCAGAAGCGCAUCGCUUCUUUACUUAAAAUAAUAGAAAUAACAUAUCCUGUACUCGUCAUAGCGCUUCCAGAUACACUGUGGUCUGGCAUGGGAGACAAGAGGAGUCCUACAAGGCCGAAGCGUCAACCGAAAUCCUCCGACGAGGGGUUGUGGGACUGCAGCGUGUGCACGUACAAGAACACGGCAGAGGCUUUUAAGUGCAUGAUGUGUGAUGUCAGGAAAGGGACAUCAACAAGGAAGCCCCGGCCGGUGUCCCAGCUCGUCACGCAGCAGCAGGUCACACAGCAGUUUGUGUUGCCGUCGCAGCCAAAGAAAGAAAAGAAGGAGCGAGUGGAGAGAGAAAAAGGCGACCGAGAGCCAGCACUGAAAAAGAACAGUCACAAGAAGAUGAGGCCCAGGUUAAAAAACAUCGACCGGAGCAGCGCGCAGCAUUUGGAGGUGACUGUUGGGGACCUGACUGUCAUCAUCACAGACUUUAAGGAGAAGGCCAAACCCGCCUCCACCCCCGCCUCCUCUACCUCCUCUUCCUCCUCUAGUGCGGGCGCAUCCUCGGACCACCUCAGCCAGAACGGCAACAGCUCGGAAAACACGGAGAGGGGCCUAUCGCGCUCCUCAUCGCCCCGCGGAGAGGGCAGCUCAGUCAACGGGGAGUCCCACUGAGUAAACCAACAUACAACCAGCCCGUACUAACUAUCGGAAAUCCUUCAAAACAUCUACAGACUACUGCUGGAGCAUACUACUACUACUCCGCUACAACACAUGGAUUAUUUUGGAUAUUUUGGCUUCGAGAACAACAAUAGUACUUUUUUGUCACUGCCCUACAAGCAAUAUUUAACACUUUAGCCCUGAAAACAUUGAAAAUGUAUGUUAAAGGGAUCCUACUCUACCAAGCUUGCCAUUGGAACAUCGGAGGUAGAUUGCAAACCUAUUUCAGGACGAGGUUGAACUUUUGAACUUGAGGAUGUCUUGACAGUUUGCGAACGCGAUUCAGUCACACCUGUAUUUCUGCACUUCAAGGUUUUUGACAUUUAAUUUUGAAAUGCCAAAUGUGCAGCUUUGAACCAGCUAUGAUCGACCUUUAUGGAAACUCACUUUGGAGUUGUCAAUCGCUGUCCUGUUACAUCCUGUCCCCAAACGCAUUUUUUCCUCAUAUACCGAAAAAUCAAUAUGUGUGGACUAUAUUCAUCAUAAACUGUUUUACUCUUGACUGCCUCUACUGUAGAUUUCUGAGUGACUGUUAAAGCUCUAAAUACAUUAUCAAUUGUGUACAGUACAAUUUGAUUUAACCAGGGGAUGUUUUAUGGGGAAUCUUGUAAUUGUCUAUUAAAUUAGUCUCGAAAAUUUUCAAUAUUUCAAAUUGCAUUUUUGGUUUGCUUGCAUCAACAGGAUGACUUUAAAUCUUAUAUAAUUUGCAAUUCAGAAACUUGGUUAAUUUACUAAAGGCUUUUGGCGUGUCUCUGCAUUGGUAAGAUAUGAAAGCCACAAAAUAAUGAUAAAGAUAUUAAAAAAUCUGCUAAAUUGACAGAAAUUCAAUCAAUUUUCCCCUCUGUCAGUCAUUUUUCAUAUAAGCGAUUUUAGCUGCGUAUGAGGCUUGCAGCUACAUUGGAAAACUGCUGAGUCCGCACUCCGUACUCAGAGCCAAGUGGACGCCAUUUUAAAUUUGUCAACUCUAGGAAACCAUUUUUUUUUUUUUUUCUUUAAAUAUCUCUCAUGCCCAUGAUGUAUUGUACAGGCUUGCAAAGUUGUGGACUUCAGGAACUCACAUUUUAUGCAGACACAUGUAGGAUUUAUUACCAGGAAUACUAUGACUAUAGAUGAGACUAACUACAUUUUAGGUUAAAUACUGAUAUUUCAAAGAUCUGUUGUUUUGAUGUGGUCAUACCAGUGUUUCUGUCUGAAUUUGACAUUAUCAUUUAGCACACCUUAAGCAGAAGUGUUGUGGCAUGAUUUGGUCUCAAUAUAUUGUGAGACAAACUGUGUUCCAUAGUUUGUUAGUUUUGUUUUUUGUCAAAGCUCUUAUAGGUUCACUACACUAGCUGGGACUAGAUGUUUGGGCUUGUGAGAACCACGAGGAUUUUUUUUUCUAUAUUUGGUUGUUGCAAAAAUGGAAAAGACACUCUAAUGGGUCACUUUUUGCUCUGCCAUGCUCAAUUGUUUUAAAUUGUGGAUUUGUUUAUUACAUGUCUGAAUAAGAAAAUAACAAAAUUUAC